ACCAAACAAACAGAGACCUAAUUUGCUCAAAAGAACUCCGCCUCGUCGCGCCACCGAAGAUCCCUCUCCGUCGCCUGACGACUUUUCGAAGAAUCUCCCGUCGGUUUGGAAGAAAGAGAUGCCACACAGAACAAGGCCUCUGACGGGACUCUUGCUUUUCACUGGAAUCAACGCUGUUUUGGUGCAAACCAUCACUCCUGUCUAUGACUUCGUCUGCUUCUUGCCCUACUGGGAGAGAAGGAGAGAGCGAAUCCGGAUGGAGCGUGAAGCGGUGGCUGCAUCAUCAAACAGCACAACCUCAGCACAGGAAGCUACUCGAGCAUCUGCUGGUUGAUGAACUCCCUCGAUACCUGAAACAAUCAUAUUUUUCGUCUGUAAGAAACUGUUGUUAACCCUCUGAUUACUGAAUAAUUGCGUGCACGAGGAAGGCAUCUAUCUAUACAUCUCUGCUGAGUGGACAGCUUUUUUUGACUA